CUCUCGUUGAGGCAAAUGGCAAACGUACAGACUUCACACCGUCGGAUCAAUGUUCUCCAUUUGGGUUGGUUUUCCUUAUCUAGGCUCGAUAUCUCAAGUAAUUUGUGUCGCCGCCAGACCUUUUCGAGCUCGAUCAUCGCCCAACUCAAGACCCCAAACUGGCCUGCGUUCAGCCGGUUGGCUUUCAUCCACGACGUCCAGCUGCACCGAUGAGUGUUGACGUUCUCGGCGUUGCCGUCGUCUCGCGUUCCACAUGCUGACAGGGAACGGCUGCCGUGUGUGUUUGUCAGACUCCGGCCACGUCGAAGGAACACGAGGACGUGAAAGUGUCGCGCCACGUCUGGAAUUCAUCCCACGCAGAUGGAGAAGCAGCUGCUGGAUUACCAGAGCGCCCCGCCCCCCUGGUGGCGAAGUGAUACGCGACAGUGCGCCGUUUCUGCUUGAUGACCACGCUGACCUGCGGAUGACCUCCCCCAAAAACAGACAGAAGAAAACAACUGAAAAGAACGGACUUAUAGGGAGCAUUGAGAAGUUAAUCGGGAGAUGUGGCGCUACCAAAAACCGGGGUUUGAAGCCCUCCUUCUUGCAGAACUGCAGAGACAGCAGCAGUGCAGCCAGUUCUGUGACACUCUGCUCAAGACAGACGGUGUAUCAGUGCCAGCACACAGUUGUAUUCUCUCAGCUAUCAGCCCCCAAAUGUCCUCCGCUCUGUCCUCCACGCCACCGCCCCCUGCAGGACAGAGCCGUCUCUUGGAGUUUCGGGCUCUCGGCGCCUGCAGCCUGCUCCACAUGGUCAGACUGUUGUACUGUGGAGAGAUGGGAGGGGGAGAAGGAGAAGCAAGAGGCUAUUUCUGCGGCAGCCAAGCUGGGCAUCCACGGGCUGGUGGAGGUCACAAAAAGAGAUUGUGAGGGCAGAAAUGAGGAAGACUGGCGCACAGAGGUAGGAGUGCAGACGGAGCCACUGAGGCCUCAGGAGAAGGAAGGGAGGCUGGGCAGCUGGAGGAGCAAAGAAAUGACAGAUGGGAGCACCGUUGUGUGGAAAGAGAUGCUGUCAGAUGGUAAAAAAGACACGUGGCCUCAGACAGAGCAGCUGCAAGUAAAUUCAGGUCCUCCUCCUCCUCGGCCAGCAGCCUCCUUUGAGACCAUCGAUAUGACCGCUCUCCAGGGUUUAGAACAGACUGACUCCCAUCCUGUUCCCCCUCAAAUUCCCUACAUCCACUUAUCCCUCAUCUACCCACCAGAUGAAAACACAAUACGCCAACCUUCAGGAGUGGGAGGUGCCAGGAGAGCUGGGAUGGGUGAAAGAAGAGCCAGGAGACCACGAGAAAGAAGAGGGGGUAGAGCGAGUCGAGGGUUAACGCAGACGGUGGAUGUUGAGGAUGCGGGGGUGAGCAAGCUGCAGAAGCUUUUCCUGCAGAGGUGGGGGCCGUCCAGAGCGGGUCAGGGGGGAGGAUCUGUUGGCAGGAAGCUGUACCUGAAGACCAGAGAGCUUCUGAAAUCGACCAAGAGCGGUCAGAGGAGACGAGGGCGCGGCAAAGUGUGGGAUUUCAGCCAGAGUGGAGACGUGCUGCCCGACAGUAAGGGAGGAGGAGGCAACACGCAGCACAGGAGGAAUGCAGCGCAGCAGUUCAACCAGGAUGGUCUUGCUGUGGGCAGGGCUCAGAGGGCGAGGCCCAAACCAACAGCGUCCGAUUCCUUGUCUUCCCCUCACAUACGAUUCCAAACCUUAUCUGCCCUCAGCCCCUCCCUCCAGUCUUCUCCGUCGCCCAGCCUGCUGUCAUCCGCAGCCUCCUACGUGCCUCCAGGAUCGUCCCUCCUCCUCAGCACCUCCCUCCCUCCUCCGGCUCCUCCGCCUCACGAGCAACAGCCCGAACACUUUGAUCGUCUACUGGAGGAAGUGAUGAUGGGCCUCAACAUUUUACCAAACAACAACAGUGCUCCACAUUCUCAGCCUCCUCUUCCAACAGGUAGCAGCAGUUACGCCUCUUGUGGCGAUACUUUAGUCCAAAACAAACCAUGCGAUCGUACCACUGACCUCCUGGAAGCAAGUCCAGGUUUUCCUGGGUUCACACAGGUCGUUGCUAAAGCAAGAGGAGAUGUGAGCUCCAACAGUGAGCUGCCCGUUCUGCAGCAGCAAUGCGAGGGACAGCUGGAUGAGAUACUGGACCACUUCCUCCAGUCCUUUGAGCAGCAUGUUGACAGCUGUACUGUGAGGAAAGAGGCGGAGCUGGGUGGUCAGAGUGGCACAGAGGCGAGCCAGCCUUACGCUGGCCUCAUUAAAUACAGAAAAAACAAGAGCAACAGACACUCUCGAAUAACUGAACUGCACCAGAGUGAUGAAGGUGAAAAGCCCCGCAAGACUUCUGCUCCCUGCGCCACUCCUCGCAAAAAUACAGAGGAAGCGCCAGUGAAGGUCAAAGCACCAGCCAAACAACGGAGGAAGAGAAGAAAAAACGAGUAUCUGUUCUCACUGGAGAAAGAGAGGGUGAGGAAGCUGGUGUCAUCAAGUGACGCGAAGACCAAAGUUGAUGAUGACCUAAGAGACAAGCAGCUGCAGCAGAGGCCUGUGGCGAAACUGGAGAGGUGUGACCAGUGGCCAGCUAAAGUUACACUUCAGAAACGCAGCUGUCUGGAAGUCAUGAGCCCUGCAAAAGCAACGACCAGUUCAUCAUCCGUGAAUUACCAACACAACUUUUUAAUUGCAAAGAAGUACCCAAUCAGGAGUAGGUUUACAGGCGCACAUAUCACGGACAGUUUCCCCUUUCUCGAGGAGCCACUUCUGUUUGAACCAAAUUGCAGUCGAAACGAGCCCAAAACAAUGUACACGUUCUCAGUUUAUCUCAUGCUGAGAGUUCAGUGCCACCAAUUCAGCCACAGCCUGUGGAGCCCCGUGGCACAGAUGAACAACGAGAGAAAAAUCAAGAGAGACAUGAAGAAGAAUAUGCUGUCAAGCCACAGGAAGAAGCAGAGGGAGCUCCGAAAGAGAGAGGGAAGGGGAGAGCAGAGUCGGAGGAGGUGACGAGUGAUGAAUCCACUGCGGCCAAGAGGAUUUGCUUUGAAACGUGCGUCCCGAGCUCUCAAUCUGCAGACGCCGUCGCCCAAUCAGAAACCAGAGAGAUAACGGAGGUUUCGCUCGCCAGUAUAAGAGAUCGUUUACAAAUAGAAGUCGGAGAGAAGAAAACGAUGUGGAGUGAACUCAAACUUAGACGAACUGAGGAAUGUUUGCUGGAUGAGGAGACGGAGAUAAUCGAUGUGGAUGGCGACCCUGAAGACGACCGCUGCCCGAGCAGAACAAGCCAGGCUCUGUCACAUUCGGUCGACAGGACGCCUUCGGUUUCACCUUCUACGCAUCCAGAAAAAGAGGUCUGUGUGCGGUCGACAGGAAGCUGGGAAGAGGACAAAGACGAGGACAUUGAUGUGAUCGGCGGUUUCAGCCCCGUCCCCGAGCCGGUCAUCAUCGGCUGGGCCGCGUCUUCAGAGGAGGAAGGAGACGAGGACAUUGACGUCGUCGGAGAAAAGAUGGACUACGCUUUAUCAGCGGUCUACGCUACUAACAGAAAAUAUAAGACCGAGGUGCGCUGACGUUCGCAUCUGUGACGUACAGUUUUUGUUUCUACUCAUCAUCUUCAGUUUGUUGUUAAAGAUAUUUAGCCAUUGUUUCUAUGUAAAUAAUUUCAAAGUUGUUACUGCUUAAUCCAGUAAGAUAUGUUUAACAAUGUUUGUUUUAACUGUCAAGUGUUGAAAACACCCAAAAAAAAUCAGGUUCACGCAACGUUGAGUUUUAUUAGUAUGUUGAUGUCAAUAUUAAUAAUAUGAUCCUCUGUUCUGCAACAGUUUGUAAAUGUUCCAGAAAAAUUCCUUGUUGUUCUCAGGUUAUUGAUGUUGGUGCUUGUUGGUGGUCCUUUAGAGUCUGGGACGGAUUUCCUCCAAUAAAGAAUCUCUUUCUACU